AUGGAGGAUUUAAUAGAGCUUGGUCCUAAUGAUAAUAUUGUACUUGAUGACCCUAACGAUGAAAAAUGCACAAUCACAGUCGAAUAUGAAGGCAAGCAAACUAUAGUGUCCUGGUACAAUGGUCUUGGCUCUGAUGAUGUAAAAGAGGCUAUCGUUUGUGCUUGUGAUUGCAUAAUUGAUUCAGGAUUCUCACUUGUAAACUCAGACGGGUUUUUAGUGAAUUUUUCCCAAGUAAAGUCAGGUGAGAAAUACAUCAUUAAGCCAGGAGAAGAAAUAAAAGGCUAUGAAAAAGCUUUGGGGGACAGAUGAAGAAGGAUUAAUUUAGACAUCGAGCCUCUACAGCACGCAGAAAGCAUGCGAGCUAUAGAAAUCAUGCAAAAUGGUGCAAAUCUGUUAAAACACACUCGAAGGUCAAUGCCACACAUAAGAAUGUUUCAGUUGACGCCUGAUUUGAAGUACCUCAUAUGAUACACUUCAGCAAAAUCUCAAACAAAAUCUUCAGUUCCUUUUCAGCAUGUCACACAAAUUUCAAUAGGACAAACUACACCUAACUUUGGCAGGUACCCACUUCCUGUACUAAGCCACUUGUCGUUUUCUUUGUUUUAUGAUGGAAAAACACUUGAUUUGACCUGUAGAGAUGAACGAGAAUUCGACUUCUGGGUCGCUGGGUGCAAAGCUCUCUAUUUUCAUUACCAAAGCAUGCUGGUCUCCAAACAAAUUUUAUUAGGCCAUUCUAGGCGAUUUAAUGAAUUUUUACAAGCAAAUAAGCUUGGCUUAGCGACCUCUUCUUUAUAUCAAGAGCCAGAAACCAAAAAACUUGAAGAGUGCAUUAUCCGCAAAAGACUCACUCGUGAAGAAGCUUCUAAUAAACUGUUAAAAAACAGAGAAAAAAUAUCAAAUUUAGAAGACACUAUUAGAGAUUUGCCUGAAAUAGAGUCUCCUAUGAUGAAUAAAAUGCCAAGCAGAAGCGCAUUUUCUAGUGAUUAUGUAGAAGUGCUGUUAGAUGAUGAAGGGAUGGAUGAGGUGUAUAACACCCAAGAAAAUAGAAUGCAUGAGCUAUUGAAAUCUUGCAAAGAUAGAGUGGAAGCGCUUGAAAAGGAAUUUUCCAAUAUGUAUGGAGUUCCAGCCUGGGAGGAAAAUAAGGAAUUUGAUAGCAAUUUGUGAAAAUUAGAAGUUGAUGUUGAAAAUCUAAAUGAUAUAGUAAAAAGAAUGGAAGAUCUUGCAAAGCCAAAACUUACUGAUAGGGUUAAAUCAUGGUUUAAAUCAAAAGUCUCAUUUUUUUAA